AAUCUCUGCAUUGGGUGGAAAUAGUCAUCCCACGUCGAACGGGUCGGAUCCAUCGGAACCCGGUCAAGUGCACGGAACCCUAACCAGCUCACUGACGGACUGCCUGUGUCGCUUAAUCGAGACAAACGCGGAAGCUCAAACUGUCAAAGGAAAGCGAGAAGACAACCUUAAAACAGCGUUAUAUGCGCUCAAGCAUCGGAAGACAAUCACAAAAAUCUAGUCGAUCCGCCGGAGGAUCCCCUGUUGAAAUCCAUCUGCUUUAUCGAGACCAACGUGUUCAGAAAUGGAGAAACGCUGAUCGGAGCUGAAACUGUCGAUCUCCAAACGGCGUCGCACGCGUCUCAAUCAUGCGGCGUCGGUGCGCCUGACGGCGAUUCAAAUUGGGCAGGGGAGGUGAGGCCGGCAUUAGACAAUUCUGCGCCUUUGUCGGAGUCUCAGCCGCGGCGAGGGAGGAAGAGAGCUUCGGAGGCGACAGCGAGUAUGGCUUCAGUGGAAAGGGAGGACUGGUUGCCGCCGGGUUGGAUUGUGGAGGGCAGGGUUCGAAGCUCUGGUGCUUCUGCUGGAUCGAGAGAUAAGUAUUUUAUAGAACCAAUCACAGGCCGGCGAUUCAGAUCCAAGAAAGAGGUGCGGUACUAUCUUGAAACAGGAGAGGUUCGAAAGAAACCAAAGAAAAAUCCUGAUAACUCUCCAGAGAAGGGAACAAAGAGUCCUCCCUUGAACUUUAAUUUUGAAGAUGUGCCAGACACUGUCAAAUGGGUCCGGACUGGUUCAUCUGAAGGUUGGACUCCUUUUAUUAAUGGCCAAGAGGUUCCCGAAUCCAGCAAGCGAGACUGGGCUGCUGCUUUCGAGUUCCUUGCAUUGAAAAGUAGCUGGCGCCCAACAUUUUAAAGGCCUUAUGGGAGUAUGAUAGGGUUCUUUUUGUAUACAAGGUACCCCAUUGUUGCUAAACUUAACAAUAAGGAUGUGUUUGAUGGCAGAAAUAGGAAUGUGAAUCAGAAUAUUACCUGGAAAAAGUUUUGGCUUUGGCAGAAAUAGGAAUGUGAAUGUGAAUCAGAAUAUUACCUGGAAAAAGUUUUGGCUUUGGCAGAAAUUGGAAAAAGUUUUGGCUUUGGCAGAAA